UAUUAUUACUACAAAGAUAUAAAAAUAAUAUAAAUUAUAAAGCUAUACAUCAACACUUGGCAACAGUGUCGUGUCAUUAACCAACAAAAUUAUCUGUAUUAUCUUUUGUUUAAAGCUGAUUAUUUCGAACGAGUACGCUUCUUUGUUUUAUUUACGAUUCUUAAACAGUCCAAAUUGCACUAUUUCUCAUUAAAAUGCUUCGUAAGAAACUCGAACACUAUAUAAAAAAUAGUGAACUAUCGGAAGUAGAUCGAGAACUUUUUUUAAGUUUACCACUAAUAAAGAACAAUAUAGAUUUCUUAAAAUUAACUUUACACGCUCUGAUUCAUUGUCAAGAUACAACAUUUUCACAGGAUAAUUACAAGAAUGAAUUUGGUGUUUAUAAACUUGAUACAUCUCUUUAUUCAAAAGCAUUUCUGGAUACUAAAAUGGAUGUCCUCCAAUCACAGGUACGAGAUUUAGAGAAAUCAGUGAAUAAUUUAAUGGAAAACAGUGUGUUAGUGCCUACUUUUGCACAAAGUUUUCUAAAUAGAAGUUGGGAUAAUGCUACUGCAAAACCAAUAAUGUAUGACGUAUUAACAAUAAUAUUUGCCUUAACUGAUAGCAAUUUUAGGCAAAAACAUCUUCAAGAUAUAUUAAAUUAUUAUUAUGAUACGUUUAAAAUAGUCAGCGAGAAAUUAUUGACCAUUGUGGACAUCAAUGAUUUGGAAUACCAUCUCAAAAUCCUUAUUCCAAUUGUAAAACUUGAGGCGAUUAGUUUUUUAAUCCAGACUAAACAGAACUCAGAACUCAGUGUGUACGUGAGUGAUUUGGAACGCUACUUUAAAAAUCCGUUGCUAAAUAAAGAAGAUUGUAUCGAGGCAGUUUCAAAAAAAAUUGGUACUCGUGAGUUUGACUUGUUAGAUUACAGACUUAUUACAUUAGAUGAAUGCAAUGGCCAUUUAGGAGAAUAUUUUUCUCUCGUAUCAAAAGUAAAGUAUUCUGGUAAAAUAGAAGACUUAAAAAUGUUUGUAAAGGCAUCGUAUAGGACCAACGAAUAUUUAGCCGCCCUGGCAAAUUCAGGACCGUCUAAAAAAGAAGACUUUUUCUACAGAACUAUUUUAACACAAUUUGAAAAGUGUGGGUUCAAAUCUUUGUUGGAUUUUACGCCUAAUUGUUAUUUCAGCCGAUUUAAUGAUGUGUUAGUACUUGAAGAUCUCAUCGAGCUCGGAUUCAAAAAUUUACAAGGAGAUACCAAGUUAAAUUACAAGGAAUUUAAAUGCAUUUUUGUUCAAUGUGCCAAAUUUCAUACUUUAACAAUCCUUUUAGAAGUUUUUCUAUCUCAAGAUAGCAAAAAACCAGUAUAUCUUAAUGAUGUCUAUAACAAUGACUUCGAGGAUUGGAUUCUAACUGAGAAGAAAGGUGUCCCCACUACUCCUGUUCAUCCAAAAAACGCUGGACCCGGAAUUCAUGCGCUCAUCGACUAUUUUCCACAGUUUUCGAAAACUAUUUCCAAGGAAAAUUUAAAACAAAAAUUAGACGAGAUCAUGUUGGUUAUGGGCAAAAAAUUUAGUUUUCAAAAAAACUAUAGGAAUGUGAUAUGUCAUGGAGAUUUAUACGCAAGCAACAUAAUGCUAAGAGAAAGUGCUUGUAUGCUUGUAGAUUAUCAAGGUUUAAGAUACGGCCUCCCUUUUCAAGAUAUAUUUCUUGCUCUAUAUUGUCACGGCGAGAAAAAAGUCAGAGAUAAAUACUUCUACAACUUAUUAGAUGAUUACUACAUAGAAAUGCAAAGAAUAUUGAAUGAAUAUAACUUGAAAAUCGAAAAUAUAUAUCCAUUAGAUCAAUUUAAAGCCGCAGCAGAAUAUAUGAAACCAUAUUCAAUAGUUUUAGCAUUACUUUAUUUACAACUUCUUAUUGUUCCACAAGAUAUAAAUGAAGAAUUAGGUCAUCAUGAAAAAUUUAUUUAUUAUACAACUGUUGGUAGGAAGGAAUAUGUUGAUCGAUUACUAUGUUGGGAAGACUUUAAAAUUCACGCUGAAGGAUUAAUUCAGGAUCUAUACGAAUGUUUUGAACAAUAGAAAAAGCUUAAAUUUUAUUUAAAUAUUUAGGUCUAGAUAAAAAGAAUGUGUCCUAAUUGUAUGAAAAUAAAUGAUUAUAAAAACC